AUGAGCAUCCCCGACGGUUGGAAAAACCUUAGGGGCUGUUUGAAGGCGCAGGACGGAGACCUUAAACUCCUGACAGCCAAAGCGAGGGACCUCGAGCUGUGGUCUGUUAAAGUGAGAAGCAUCGAAGCCAAGGCGGCUAUAGAAGGGGUGCUUCUUGCUGUAGCAGCAAUAGGUUCAGGCCGUGAAGCGGUGGCAAAGGCUGCCAACGCCAUGACAAAGGCGGUCAACGAUGGCGGUCAGUCCCGGAGUGGUGGUGCGGCAGCAGGCAUGACGGGCGUAUGUGCCUCUACGCAGACCAUUGCGAUUGGGACCAACCCGGUCAAAAGGGUCUGUGCGGGGACGCAGACGACAGACCAGGCGCAGCAGAAGCCACAACAGCGACAGCGCCAGCGGCAACAGCAGCAGCAACAACCACAGCAGAAGCCGCAGCAGCAGCAGCGGCAGUAA